AUGCCAGACAUCCCCAUACCACCAGACCCAACGUGGGAUCCUUCCACCCAUCCCCAUACCACCAGACCCAACAUGGAACCAUUCCAGCCAUCUCCAUACCACCAGACCCAACAUGGACUCAUGCCAGACAUCCCCAUACCACCAGACCCAACAUGGAACCAUUCCAGCCAUCCCCAUACCACCAGACCCAACAUGGACUCAAUCCACCCAUCCCCUUACCACCAAACCCAAUGUGGGAUCCUUCCACCCAUCCCCAUACCACCAGACACAACAUGGGAUCAUUCAAGCCAUCCCCAUACCACCAGACCCCACAUGGGCUCAUUCCAGCCAUCCCCAUACCACCAGACCCAACGUGGGAUCAUUCCAGCCAUCCCCAUACCACCAAACCCAACGUGGGAUCAUUCCACCCAUCCCCAUACCACCAGACCCAACGUGGACUCAUGCCAGACAUCCCCAUACCACCAGACCCAACGUGGGAUCCUUCCACCCAUCCCCAUACCACCAGACCCAACAUGGAACCAUUCCAGCCAUCUCCAUACCACCAGACCCAACAUGGACUCAUGCCAGACAUCCCCAUACCACCAGACCCAACAUGGAACCAUUCCAGCCAUCCCCAUACCACCAGACCCAACAUGGACUCAAUCCACCCAUCCCCAUACCACCAAACCCAACGUGGGAUCCUUCCACCCAUCCCCAUACCACCAGACACAACAUGGGAUCAUUCAAGCCAUCCCCAUACCACCAGACCCCACAUGGGCUCAUUCCAGCCAUCCCCAUACCACCAGACCCAACGUGGGAUCAUUCCAGCCAUCCCCAUACCACCAAACCCAACGUGGGAUCAUUCCACCCAUCCCCAUACCACCAGACCCAACAUGGGAUCAUUCCACCCAUCCCCAUACCACCAGACCCAACAUGGGAUCAUUCAAGCCAUCCCCAUACCACCAGACCCAACAUGGGAUCAUUCCACCCAUCCCCAUACCACCAGACCCAACAUGGAACCAUUCCAGCCAUCCCCAUACCACCAGACCCAACAUGGGAUCAUUCCAGCCAUCCCCAUACCACCAGACCCAACAUGGGAUCAUUCCAGCCAUCCCCAUACCACCAGACCCAACAUGGGAUCAUUCCAGCCAUCCCCAUACCACCAGACCCAACAUGGGAUCAUUCCACCCAUCCCCAUACCACCAGACCCAACAUGGAACCAUUCCACCCAUCCCCAUACCACCAGACCCAACAUGGGAUCAUUCCAGCCAUCCCCAUACCACCAGACCCAACAUGGAAUCAUUCCAACCAUCCCCAUACCACCAGACCCAACAUGGGAUCAUUCCACCCAUCCCCAUACCACCAGACCCAACAUGGAAUCAUUCCAGCCAUCCCCAUACCACCAGACCCAACAUGGAACCAUUCCAGCCAUCCCCAUACCACCAGACCCAACAUGGGAUCAUUCCACCCAUCCCCAUACCACCAGACCCAACAUGGGAUCAUUCCACCCAUCCCCAUACCACCAGACCCAACAUGGGAUCAUUCCACCCAUCCCCAUACCACCAGACCCAACAUGGGAUCAUUCAAGCCAUCCCCAUACCACCAGACCCAACGUGGAACCAUUCCACCCAUCCCCAUACCACCAGACCCAACAUGGGAUCAUUCAAGCCAUCCCCAUACCACCAGACCCAACGUGGAACCAUUCCACCCAUCCCCAUACCACCAGACCCAACGUGGAACCAUACCAGUCAUCCCCAUACCACCAGACCCAACAUGGAACCAUUCCAACCAUCCCCAUACCACCAGACCCAACAUGGGAUCAUUCCAGCCAUCCCCAUACCACCAGACCCAACGUCGUAUCAUUCCACCCAUCCCCAUACCACCAGACCCAACAUGGAACCAUUCCACCCAUCCCCAUACCACCAGACCCAACGUCGUAUCAUUCCACCCAUCCCCAUACCACCAGACCCAACAUGGACUCAAUCCACCCAUCCCUAUACCACCAGACCCAACAUGGAACCAUUCCAGCCAUCCCCAUACCACCAGACCCAACAUGGACUCAAUCCACCCAUCCCCAUACCACCAGACCCAACAUGGACUCAUGCCAGACAUGCCCAUACCACCAAACCCAACAUGGAACCAUUCCAGCCAUCCCCAUACCACCAGACCCAACAUGGACUCAAUCCACCCAUCCCCAUACCACCAAACCCAACAUGGACUCAUGCCAGACAUGCCCAUACUACCAGACCCAACAUGGGAUCAUGUUGCAAUAGAUGUGACACACUGCUGGGAGUUGUAGUCCCCGGCCCCCGAGUACCCAGGGACCAUGGGAAUACUCAGGCAAAGGCAUGA